AUGAAUCCCCUUGAGCAGAUAUUCGCCGCCGGCGUCAGAAAGACGGGCCCGACUGAUGCCAAACCCGACGGCCCCAUGCCGCGCUGGCCCAUCCACGAGGACACACAGCUGGGCAAAUACAUCCUCGACAGCCUCCAGGCUCCCGCGGGCUCUCUCAGCAUCAGGCAGUCCCCCCUCCUGAAUGCCGGCUCGGGUCUAUACACAACCCGGGACGUGGAGGAGGGCGAGCUCCUCUUCACGUCGGUGCCCCUUGUUCUCUGUGCAGAGGUCGGCGACGGCAUGGAAGCCUGCGACUUUUGCUUCCAGCAGAGGCGGAGGGUCUUUCACCCAUCAGAGAGUCGCUUUCUCGGGCCUGGCGAGGUCCUGCCUCCUCUGCAUGUCUGCAAUGGCUGCCGCAUGUACCAGUACUGCUCACAGUCUUGCUGGCAACGAGCCUGGGAUACGGGCCAUCUAUAUGAAUGCGGCUUGCUGUCAGGCGCGUCCACCGAUCUCGAGACGAGAACCCUAUACCGUCUCCUGAUUCUGAUGAGGAAGAAGGUCCUGCUGCCGGAGCAGGUCCAGGCCCUGUCCAGGCUGGAAAGUGAGAUGGCGAAUUUCGAGAGACGAGCCAAGCGAACCUGGCACAAGGUUCUGGAACUCGCUCGCGAAGCCAAGGAGCGAACUAAGAGCGAGCUCGGUAUCUACGAAAUUCUGAUUCUGUAUGGCAUCAUCCGUUGCAAUGCGCUGCCAGUCGAUCAGACUUAUCGAAAUGCGCCGCUGGGAAUUGCCUUGGACCUGGGGGGAGCUCUCUUGAACCACGACUGCGAUCCCAACGUGGUCAUUGUCUUCAACAGCACGCAGGUGCAGGUUCGAGCUCUGCGGAAGCUCAAGGCCGGCGAGGAGCUACUGCACUGCUACCGAGACAUUGCGUACGAUUUUACGUUUCGCAACCCGCGCAUUACGUCGAGGUAUCAGUUUCGAUGCCACUGCGGCCGAUGCAGGGCAGAGUCUGAUCGUCACUGCAGGGAAGCAAAGAGCGAUGGCGAUGCUAUCCCCGCCAUUCUCGGCACACAGGCUGCCUUGUUCGACAUUAUAGAUGAGUCCAAGAAGCAAGCCUGGGCGACCCCCAACAGAUUCGACGUCGACCGGCAAAUGGCCACCGUCAACCAAAUCAUAGCGACGGGCUACGCGGGGCGCCCCUGGCCAAACGACCUCGAGCCGCUGCCGACGGUGCUCAAGGCCCUGGCAGCGCUCUGCGAGAGACAGGGCGACCUCGUCAACAGCAUCAAGAUUCGCGUCAAGGCCCUGGCCUUUACCGGCUACCGGAAGGGUCUGCCCUGGUCCGAGGACCUGAUCGACCUGGUGCUCUGCCUGUCGACCUUCACCAUGUUCCCCUGCCACCCGGCGCUGCGAGACUCGUCGAUGCCAAAGCACAAGGAGUUCCAGGACAUCUUCAUCGGGCACCUCCACGCGCUGCACGGGAUGCUGGUCAACCUUUACGGAGACCAGGGCCGGGUGACGGGCAUCGUCCGAGCCUUCUUGCAGUCGGAGACGGCCACCUACAACGGGCCCCGGCCGGCGACGAGGGGGUUCCGGCGCAGGUUCAAGGCGUCUCAGGAGACGGUUCUCAGGUGGGCGGGCGUUGACGAGAAGCUCUGGACUGUGGAAUAG